UUUUGCGCUUCAUGACAUCUGUCCAUCGUUUCAACAAUUUCAAUCGAAAGGUCAAAGAAGAAAUAUUUUUACAACGCUCUAUUUACAGAGGACACAAAAGAGAUGUAUUGCGAUUUUACUUUAUCAGAAUCAGAAUAUAAACAUUAAUCAGAAUUUAAUUUAGAACUAAAGAAGUACAGAAUAGACGAAUUGUUCAAGAUUAUCAUAAUGAAUUUGAAAAUUAGAUCAAUCGUGUUGUUUUGUGAGCGUCAAUAAAUUGGUAACGAUUUAAUAUGACUAAGGGUAAACCCCCAGAGCGGUAUAUUCCAAAUAUCUUGAAAUUUGCCUUCGGGGGCUCUUCUGGCAUGUUGGCAACGUGUAUAGUACAGCCGUUAGACUUGAUAAAGACGCGGAUGCAGCUGAGCGGAGGAAAGCGGUCGUCGUUUAGCGUUGGCUCGGAGAUCGUCACUAAGGAAGGCUUCAUGGCGCUCUACUCGGGGCUGUCCGCAGGCCUCCUUCGACAGGCUACCUACACUACCACUAGAUUGGGUGUUUUUAAUUACUUUUUUGAUACUUACAAGGAGACCCAAGGUAAAGCGCCAGGUUUUGGGACAAAAACCCUGAUGGGCGUGGGUGCUGGGUCCAUCGGCGCGUUCGUGGGCACCCCAGCCGAGGUGGCUCUCAUUCGGAUGACGGCAGACGGGAGACUGCCCAAGGAUCAGAGGAGGAACUACAGAAAUGUCGCUGAUGCCUUGAUGAGAAUAGUAAAAGAAGAGGGUGCACUAAAACUCUGGCGAGGCGCUACGCCGACAGUAAUCCGCGCUAUGGUGGUGAAUGCGGCGCAACUUGGCACCUACCAACAGGCUCGUGAGAUGUUCCUAGCGGUGGUGCGCGACGGCGUCGCGCUGCACUUCUGCGCGUCCAUGGUGUCCGGCCUCGUCACCACCAUCGCGUCCAUGCCUGUGGACAUCAUUAAAACUAGGAUCCAAAAUGCCGCGAAAGGGCAAAGCCAGUUGUCCGUAGUAACCAACCUCCUGCGUAACGAAGGAUUGUUUUCAUUAUGGAAGGGUUUCCUCCCGUACUACGCCCGACUCGGCCCCCACACAGUCCUUACUUUCAUAUUCUUGGAACAAAUGAACGCUGCUUACUUUAGGCUCACUGAACCAAUGCCCACUAAGAAAUUAUAGGUUAUAAUUAUCUAUACACUGGGUGAUUUUUAUACUGUGGCAAUAUUUUGUCUACAAGGUCAAUCCGCUGUUCCAUAUAAAAUCCAUAUAAAAUACCUAAUUGGUCCGCAGAUCAUUUUUGCGGUUGCUCCCAUACGAAAAGUUGUCCAGUAUCAUGGACUAUACGAGACAAAAUAUAGCAUACGUAUACGAAGUCACUACAUACAUUUAUUGUCACUAUGAUUGUAAUAUAAUCUAGUAUAUAUUACUUAAAAUACGGUCACUUACGUGUAGUUUAUACUCGGAGAUAGGUACACACUGUAGAUUAAAACUCUUUAGGAGAUCUUUCGCAACAAAAGUACGACUCGGAUUUUAUAUUCGUUAUUUUAUUUAAUUUUUAUACUUGGACCUACUAAUAAAAUUGAUAUUUUUGUAAUA